CAAAAGGUGAAGCUUGAAAGCAAAAGCAAGAAGUAACACAGCUGUGCCACUGAGUAGCGAUUUACGCUUCGAUUUCAAGGGCCGUACGCGAUGGGGGCCGCAUCCAGCAAUCCGAGAACGCUGGUGGUGAACAACGACUCACCCGCCGGCCUGAUCGACAUUUCCGAUGAUGUAGUUCAGCGGCUCAAGAGUGGCCUGCCGUCCAAGGCGCAAGGUCGGAAUGCGGACGCCCAGCAACACCAACCGGCGCAGCAGGGUAGCGACGAUGGUAGUGCGCCCCCAGUUCGCGGACCUAGCUCCUACCCAAAUCCGCCGGUUCCACCGUCGAUAGUGUAUCAGGGUGAACAUCCGCUUACCUCCAUGCAGGUACUGCAGGAGAAAGAACGGGAACUGCGUGAGAACGACGUUUACUGGACCCAACGGCUGAAGGCACUCGAGGCUAAUCUCGCCAAGACGAACCAAGUGCUGGAGAAGGAAUAUAGCGAUGCGGUUUCAGACGUAAAGAAACGAUUCGCAACGACCGCCGUUCAGCAGCAGCUGCCACCCUGCCAGGAUCUGAAGGCACAGGUUAUCGCAUGCUACCGGCAAAAUCCACACGAGACGUUGCGCUGUGCUGAAGAGGUAAAGCAGUUCACUGACUGUGUCAACCAGCACCGAAUUCAGCUACUGCAGCAGCGUACAGCGGCCGACAAUGAAAAGAAGUAAAGGGUCCGAUCGGAGGCAGGCAGAACACACGCAUUCACACAGCACGUCACCCCAACUAAACAGCAUACCCUAUACAAUGGUGAUCCAUCGAUGCGAUGAGGGCUCCAGCUCUUCAUGUCGUUUAGCUGCGUAAUCGUUGCUUGUGCCUCUUUUCCCUUUCGAGUGUUUGUCUAGCGAGAAUGUUGUCGAUUCAUUUAUUCGUUUGUAAAUAUAAAAUCAAAAUCAAACGAUGUACCGGAUGAAGGUUUUCGUUUUUGUUUCUAUUACAUUGCCUCUGCUAUAUAAAUAAUAAUUAUUAGUACUAUAAACGAAACGAGAACUGGUGGCGUUUGCAUUAAAUGUUACUGGACACGUAAUGUUUUCUUUUACUUGCCUUAUUCUACGGUUUAAAUAUUUAUACAUCUACUAGUGUCUAUACUUUUUAAUAAUUAAAAAUGAUUUAAAGAUUUUAGGCAUGAAGAGGUUUAAUUUUUGUAAACACGGUUACGGUAUCGUUUUCAUCGAGCUUAAAACAAGGAACG